GGAAUAUCCUUUGCAACAGCAUUAGUAGAAUCCGCUAGAAACCUAGGGCAGUCGCCAUGGACGAAUCCGCAAUCAAAGGUGUGGAAGGUCUGGAAUUGAACGGUAGUGAUGCAGCGAUUCGAAAAAGCAGCAGCAUUAGCAGGAUUGCGGUUGAGGGAUACGACACCUCCCCUCCUAGGGAGGGUGUUGAAGAGGCCCUGAGAAAACACUUCGCAUCACGUGGAAUAAAGUUAAUACAUGCUUCUGCUCCCGAAGUCGACUACCACGGUACUAUUCUCUGCAGAUUCGCGUUAAUCUAUCUUAACGAAGAAGAUGAAGAAAAGGCGUUGAAGCUUGAUGGAAGUGACAUGGGAGGACGUAUUUUACGAGUUACAGCUUACCCUUUCGACAGCAAUCGCCUUGAAUUUUCCCUCGAUCCGGUUGCUUUGUUUUCGGGGACGGGUGUUGUGUCGCUUAUCUCCAUGGAGAUGCUAUUGAAAAGGCUCUGAAACUUAGCGGAGGUUCUGUGGGAGGCUUUAAAAUUGUAGUUCAUGAGGUCCUCCCUAUAAAAAAGGUGGGCGGUGGCGUAUCUAACGCACGUAUGUCGGCCAUGGCUGAGAAAAAAAAAGCAGCUAGGUUUGCUAUGGCUGAGAAAGAUAAACCAGUUAAUGAGAAGACGAUUAUGACUACGGACUCUCUCUCUCUCUCUCUCUCUCUCUCUCUCUCUCUCUCUCUCUCUCUCUCUCUCUCUCUCUCUCUCUCUCUCUCUCUCUCUCUCUCUCUCUCUCUCUCUCUCGUUAAGGGUUCUUUCUCUGGUAUUAUAGCAUCCCAUAGAGAAACCUGUGAAAAAUGUUCAUGGUAUAUCAACAAGAGGGACCUCACACUAAAGCCACAUAACACCUACAAAUAUUUUCGUUUGUGCUGGUUUCAUUAUGUCUUAUCCCAGACCAUACAAAAAGAAGUAUUCAGCGUUACAGUAUGAGACUGAGACUGGGAGAUCUCAGAUUAGCA